AAUUAUUCUGUCUUUGAUGAGUGAUAUUUACAUACGAAUUAUGUACUUAAUAAAGUUUUAAGUGCUAGACACAGAAUGCUUCGUUUAUCUAGAAUUUUCCAAAGAGGUAUUGCGACUGUAGACAUACAUAAUUUCUUUAAGAACAGCUGUGAGAGAUAUGAUCGGAUAUUUUCCAAGGUAAACAUUGUCAAAAUAGGAAACGGGGCGUGUGUGGCAGAGCUGAAAAUUGAGAAGGAACAUACAAACCCGUUCGAUGGGCUACAUGGUGGUAUGAUUGCCUCGAUGGUUGAUACAUUAACGUCGUAUGCGUUACUUACUCAUAAAGCAGCUGAAGGUGUACCUAGCGUUUCGGUAGAUAUGCAUGUUUCAUUUCUGAAAGGAGCAAAAUGUGGCGAAGAAGUUGUGAUUAAUGCAGAGACCAUCAAAUGUGGAAAAUCAAUGGCAUUCGCAGAAUGUUGUAUUACAAAUAAAGCUACUGGUGAAGUUAUAGCAAAGGGAAACCAUACCAAAUACUUAAUUAACUUAAACCGCUUUACACUGUAAAGUUGGAAAUGUGGUGUGUGUAUUGUGUAUUGUAGGUACCUACUCGUAAUUGCUCUAACUAAAAUAAGUAGAAUGUGAACCCUGGCUCUGAAAAACAAAUAUACCUAUG